AUGGAUCACACUUCAUCAUUCCUUCUCCCUAGAUCGGACCUUGGCGCCUUCUUGGUGUUCGCUGAGCAUCGUUACUACGGCAAAACACAAGUCUACAGCGACGGCACUCCGGACUGCUUGCGUUAUCUCACGAUAGAGCAAGCUUUGGCCGACUACUCGGUUCUGAUAGACUACAUUUUCGAUAAACACGAUUUGCCACCCUCGACAGCGACGAUUGCUUUUGGGGGAAGCUACGGGGGGAUGCUGGCAAGCGCUUUCCGAUACAAAUAUCCCCAUAUAGUCGACGGAGCGAUCGCAGCAUCUGCGCCCAUAUUUGCAAUUGGUGGGGUUACCCCCGAGCCUAGCAAGACCGCGUUUAACGAGAUAAUCACUCGUGACGCCGGGCCGGUGUGCGCGCAGAG